AUGCCGGCUCUUCGGGCAGCUUCAUCACAGAAACGAAGCCAGCGAGGAUAUAAACUUAACUGCAAGUGUGAUAGAAAAGGGAAAGCUCGGUCUAGGAUUGGAACCUGCUCGGGAACUUUCGGGCUCCGCGGGCACCAACUGGAAGGACCCGUCCCCCACAGGCGCUCCCACGAGACUGACCUGCACCCGCUGCUGCAGCCGGACGCGCCCGUCCCCAAUGCACCUCCCGCGCGGUGGCAGCGCAAAGCCAAGGAAGCCCCAGGGCCGGCCCCCUCACCCAUGCGGGCCGCCAACAGAUCCCACAGCGCCGGCAGGACUCCGGGCCGAACUCCUGGCAAAUCCAGUUCUAAGGUUCAGACCACUCCUAGCAAACCCGGCGGUGACCGCUACAUGCCCCAUCGCAGUGCUUCCCGGAUGGAGGUGGCCAGCUUCCUCCCGAGCAAGGAGCACCAGCCUGAAGACAACCAGACGCCCACCAAGGGGGAACAUCGGAAAGCCUGGCCUUUGAACCUGAACGGUUUUGAUGUGGAGGAAGCCAAGAUCCUUCUGCUCUGUGGAAAACCACAAAAUGCCCCAGAAGGUUACCAGAACAGACUGAAAGUGCUCUAUAGCCAGAAGGCCACACCUGGCUCCAGCCGGAAGACCUGCCGUCACAUUCCUUCCUUGCCAGACCGUAUCCUGGAUGCCCCUGAAAUCCGAAACCACUACUGCCUGAACCUUAUGGAUUGGAGCUCUGGGGAUGUACUGGCUGUGGCGCUGGAUAACAGUGUGUACUUGUGGAGUGCAAGUUCUGGUGACAUCCUGCAGUUAUUGCAAAUGGAACAGCCUGGGGAAUAUGUUUCCUCUGUGGCCUGGAUCAAAGAGGGCAACUACUUGGCUGUGGGCACCAGCAGUGGGGAGGUGCAGCUAUAUGUGCAACAGCAGAAACGGCUUCGAAAUAUGACCAGUCACUCUGCCCAAGUGGGCUCCCUAAGUUGGAACAGCUACAUCCUGUCCAGUGGCUCACGCUCCGGCCACAUCCACCACCAUGAUGUUCGGGUAGCAGAACAUCAUGUGGCCACACUGAGUGGCCAUAGCCAGGAAGUAUGUGGGCUGCGCUGGGGUCCAGAUGGACGACAUUGGGCCAGUGGUGGCAAUGAUAACUUGGUCAAUGUGUGGCCUAGUGCUCCUGGAGAGGGUGGCUGGGUUCCCCUGCAAACACUCACCCAGCGUCAAGGGGCUGUGAAGGCUGUAGCGUGGUGUCCCUGGCAAUCCAGUGUCCUAGCAACAGGAGGGGACACCAGUGAUCGACACAUUCACAUCUGGAACGUCUGUCCUGGGGCCUGUCUGAGUGCCGUGGAUGCCCAUUCCCAGGUGUGCUCCAUCCUCUGGUCUCCCCACUACAAGGAGCUCAUCUCAGGCCACGGCUUUGCCCAGAAUCAGCUGGUUAUUGGGAAGUACCCAACCAUGGCCAAGGUGGCUGAGCUCAAAGGUCACACGUCCCAUAUCUUGAGUCUGACCCUGAGCCCAGAUGGGGCCACUGUGGCAUCAGCAGCAGCGGAUGAGACCCUGAAGCUAUGGCGCUGAUUUGAGUUGGACCCUGCACGCCGGCGGGAGCAGGAGAAGGCUAGUGCGGCCAAAAGCAGUCUCAUCCACCAAGACAUCCCAAGGAGGGGUGGAAAGAACCCCCACGUACAGCUGGGGUCGGAGGAGGAGGCUCCCGAGCACGGGGGAGCGGCCGUGGUGUGCGGGAGGCCGCGCGCAGGACCGCGAUGGCCGGCGCGUCAGAGCCCCGGCUGGAGCCAGGGCAAAGCGCGGGAGCGGGAUUCGUGUGCGGGGAAGGAGACGGCUGUGGGCGGCGAGGACGUCAGGGCAGUCAAGGCUUCAUGUCCUCCCCGCCCCCAGCCUCCCGUGGGCCCUGAAGCGAGUCAGCUCCCCAAGUCGGAUCGGUUCAGAACCCAGAGGGACUUCUCCCUGCAGGGAAAAGGCAAGCGAGAGCCCCAGCAUCCGCCGCCCCGCCGUGGCCUCCUGCGGCCUCCGGGCGCGGGCCCAGCUAGGGAGCUCCCCAGAGCGCACUGCCGAGCUGCCCCAGGACAGAGCCCACCUGCGCCUGUGGCCGUGCCCCUGCUUGUCUGCACCAUCUUGGAACCAGAGCCACUGCGAGCAUGGCUGAGACAAAGUGGUGCCCUGCCCCUGGGGGCCUGGAUCCUCGAAGUAUUGAAGCAGUCAGGUCCCAGGCACUACGGCUAUAGCAGCACCCUGGUCCCCAGCGACCUCAGGCCACCAGCACACCAGCGCUGGAGGCCCUGCCAUGUCACAGGGAGGCAGCACCCAUCCCCUGGGGUUCCGGGUCUCUGGCAUACCAGAGCGGUCGCACCUUCCAGCACCACCGCUGACAUUGCACCUACCCCCCGAAAUCUGGAGGCUCCACUGUGUGUGGCCAUGCUUUCCGGGGCUAAGCAGACGUGA